AAUCAUAUAUUAGAUUUAUAUUAAUUAUAAGGUUCAAUUUGGGGUGUCAUAAAAAUUUAGACUUGAAAAUGUCCAAUUCUUACCUCCAAUUGUUGCUUCUGUUGGUUCUUUACAUAAUUUCAGCUAAUUCAGCUCAACCUUAUGAGGGAAACUAUGGUGAAGCUGUGUUCACUCUACAAGUCCCAACAUUAGAGGAAAACAACUUGGAUAAUCUCUUAUCCUUUGGUUACUACCAUAAAAGUUGUCCUCAAUUUGAGUCCAUUUUGCAUAACAAAGUCAAAGAAUGGAUUAAGAAGGAUGACACUUUAGCAGCUAGUCUCCUAAGGUUGCAUUUCCAUGAUUGCUCUGUUAGGGGAUGUGAUGGCUCCAUUCUAUUGAAACAUGAAGGAAGUGAAAGGGCAGCACAAGCAAGCAAGACAUUAAGAGGUUUUGAAGUUAUUGAUGAUAUAAAGGCAGAGUUAGAGAAACAUUGUCCUAAGAAAGUGUCUUGUGCUGACAUUCUAACAACUGCUGCAAGGGAUGCCACAGUUGAAGUGGGUGGACCAUAUUGGACAGUCCCUUAUGGUAGGAAAGAUGGGACAAUCUCUUUUGACUAUGAAGCUGAAAUGAUUCCUAAGGGUCAUGAGAACAUUACUUCGUUGGUUGAGUUUUUCCAAUCCAAAGGCUUGACUGUUCUUGACUUGGUUGUUCUCUCAGGGGCACAUACUAUUGGAAGGACUACAUGUGGCUCAAUUCAAUACAGACUAUACAACUACAAAGGAACAGGCAAACCAGACCCAUCAAUUGAUCCAAAAUACUUAAACUUUUUGCAAAGGAAAUGUAGAUGGGCCUCAGAAUAUGUUGAUCUUGAUGGAACAACACCAAAAACCUUUGAUAGAAUGUACUAUUUAAAUCUCAAAAAGAACAUGGGUUUGUUAUCAACAGAUCAAUUGUUACAAUCUGAUCCAAGAACUUCUCCAUUGGUUUCAGCAUUGACUACAUCACCAUCAGUUUUUGAACAUCAAUUUUCUGCUUCAAUGUCAAAAUUUGGUGUCAUUGAUGUUCUUACUGACGAGGAUGAAGGAGAAAUCAGGACCAAUUGCAAUUUUGUUAAUGCUUAUUGAUUUACUACUAAUUACUUUGUUUGCUUAAAUUUCAACAAUUUUUAAUUGUAAUUUAAUAUUGUUAUGUCACACUUUCUUAUCUCGGGGAUUAUAUAAUAUUAAUACUUGAAUUUGUUUAUGUCAAUUGA